UAUCAGACCUUAUCAGAGCGUACGUGAAAUGACUGACCUUCCCCAUGACUUACAAGACACUCGUAUGCAAACAGCAACAAACGAUAAGUACGGUGUGUUUUGGCACAUGUGACCCCGGCUUCUGGGACAAGCGGAGGCUGUGCCGUGGAUUGUGCGGAUGACGUUUCUAUAGUAUGAGAGCCGUGGGAGGCGUUGAAGCUGUGAUGUGGUGUGUCUGUGACUCAUUGUCAUAAUGUGAAAAUAGCCGAGUCAGACAAUUCACUGCGUGUUGUUGAACUUCUCCGAGACGUUCGAAUUGUUGGAUAUUUUCUGAAAGGAUACUAAUCACGGAUCGCGGCGCACGUGACCUCGCCGAAGGUGACAUCGAGCGCUGUCUGGGCUCUGAAGGGGAGGAUGAGGGCAGUGUUUGGGGGAUGGAGGUUCUGGACAGCAGAGAUGCUCAGGAUAAAGUAAGCCUGACGGCCAGCGAGGGGACGGAGCCCGGCAGUCCCGCCCCGUGUGCCCUGAGUCCCCCGGCGGAGAGCUGGAUCCACACCCAGAACACGCCCCGCAAAGACCCCGAGCGCUGCGACGGCAGCAUGUUCAGUCAGACUGACGCCCAUGUGAUCGACGACGCGCCGCAUUACGAGUCCAUGGUGCAGCUGAGGAAAGUGUCGCACCUGCUCAGCCCGAUUCACGUACAACAACACAACGGGUCCGUGAGCGCGUACCAUUUAGACGGCGUUCACGACGACAUGUCACCUGUCUGCUGGUCACCGGGAGAACACGGGUCACCUGAGGGCAAAGACGGCGGACCCUUAAACUCUGACGGCCCACAGGCGCCCGUUCAGACGUGCCCGUAUUGCCAGCGGACGUACCGGCGAGACGCGUCUCUGAGGGAACAUAUGAAGUUCUGCCAGGACCGGGACGGAGGAGACAGCGUCUGCCCUCUCUGCGGGUUCAGUACGCCGUACCGCGCGCAGAUGGAGCGGCACCUGACGCUGCACAGCCAGACCCACGAGAAGAAUUCCUUGUCUGAGACCAGUAUGGAGAACAGGAAGUUCAAGUGUAAUCAGUGUGGAAAGGCCUUUAAAUACAAGCAUCACCUCAAAGAGCACCUGCGCAUUCACAGCGGUGAGAAGCCGUACGAGUGCUCGAACUGUAAGAAGCGUUUCAGUCACUCGGGCUCCUACAGCUCACACCUCAGCAGCAAGAAGUGCCUCAGCGGCGGCGCGGCGGCGAACGGAGCUCAUUUCAACGGACACUCCCAUCACGCGUACAUCUUCCCAUCGCCCACGUCGCCCCCUGUGGUCGGCGGGAGAAACGGCAGCCGAGGAAAGGGAUCUCCGUACGGCGCGCUGGGCCAGUACCCGCUGGAGUCCGCCGUGCCCGUUUUGAGCCGGUCGUGGGACCCCGCGGAGGAUCUGGCCAUGAGGACGGGCGUGUUCAAAGGCACCACGCUGCUGCCGUUGCUGCAGUCGCGCAGUAAGUUCGAACACCUGCUGCAGGAGAUGCUCCGCCGGGAGGUGGGAGACGAGGCGCGCAAAAACGACAGAUCGCCCGCGCGCAACAACGCGCACCUGUCGUCGCCCCAGCGCGCGUCUUGGCAUUCGGUCCCGCAGCAGAUCCUCGUGCCUUUACCGACGCCCUUGCAACUAGCGCAAGAUUCCCCGCACAAACACUGGCCGGGUGAAGAAGGCGGCCCGACGUCACCGACGUUACCUGAACGCCAGCACCUGAUUGGCUCGCGGUUUGGCUCUCCUCCUCACCUGGACCUGUCAAUCAACACAUCGCCGCGUCAAUCAAGUCAUCACAUUCAGAACGAACCUUUAGACUUGUCCAUCCCUAAACCUCAUUCGGCCUCCGCCGUGCCACGAGAGACCAGAACUUGUAACGGUUACUCGCCGCACCAGGAAAGACGCAACGGCGAGACCGCGUUCAAGAGACUGACUCCGCCCUCCCAGCAGCAGGUGGGCGGGGCUUAUGCAGCAUCGCCGCUGUUCAGCAGCACGGUGUUCAGCAGCUACCCUCUCUUCAAUCACAUGAUCCCGGGACACAACGGCCUGACAUCACUUCCUCUCACGCCACCAACACCGAGCCCAGGCUUCCUGUCUCCAGUGGCGUAUAUGGUGGAGGCGGAGUCAGAGUCGAUGCUGAAGAGAAUCCAACAUGAAAGACAUUCAUUUAUGACUGAAGCGAUGAAUCGUGGUGGUCUGGAGUAUCUGUCGCUGAUGGAUGAUGGGAUGGAUGGAGAGAUCGGCCCCGGGAGAAAGAGACUGAAAAAGACGGAGGAAGGACUGUACGCCUGCGAUAUCUGCGACAAAACCUUCCAGAAGAGCAGCUCUCUGCUGCGCCACAAAUAUGAGCACACAGGAAAGCGACCCCACGAGUGUCAAACCUGUAAGAAGGCCUUUAAACACAAGCAUCAUCUGAUUGAACACAGCCGUCUGCACUCAGGAGAAAAGCCGUAUCAGUGCGACAAGUGCGGCAAGCGCUUCUCUCACUCGGGCUCGUACUCUCAGCACAUGAACCACCGCUACGCCUUCUGCAGUCGCGACAGUGACCCGGACGGGCCCGGAGAGGACGCGGCCGUUCCCUACCUGAGCCCCGUCACGCAGCGCAGCGGCACCGAGGGACGCGCUUCGGCCCUGGAGGACAGCGGCGCCUUUCUCAGCGACUCCAGCCUGGAGGGAGCGGCGCUGGAGUUCAGAGACGACGAGGAGGACGAGGAGGAGGAGGAAGAGGAGAACUCCCUCAGCAACCACGUUUACAGUCGAGGGAUGAGAACGGAAGGGGUUUCCCUACAGAUGAAGGAAGAGACUGAGGAAAAACCCUCUGGAAGCGAGCAACAUCAAGACGAGACGGAGUGAGAAGAGGGACUCUUCACCAGUGUUUACCAAAGAUGUGAAAGACGCACAUUCACUGACUGACACUCUGGGAUACGCUUCGUCUUUAGUGUUCAAGCCUGUGCCUCGCGCCAGUCGGACCGAACUGUGAACAAACACAAUCCAGUGCCAAAUAUAAUCCAACACACGCUUCUCCAAAGACUUGAUUCGUCACCACAAUCCAGAGCGGAAAAUCACUGAGAGGCAGAAAUGAGUCGAGUUCAGAAGAAAUGAUUAAAUAUAUACUAAAGAAAUCAAUAAAUGCCAACGGGCAAAGAUGAGAAUGAAUGAUCUCAGAAAAACUGCCAAGAAUAGGUCAUUUUUGCAUCAAAAUAAUGAAAAAAAUUAAAUAUGAUAUAAUUAUAUUUUGCAUAAAGAAAAUUAUGCCUGUUUUUAGGACCAUUAAGAGUUUUCACACUGGCAUUAAAAUCCCAUUACUGUAAGGGGAAAAAUUCAAUAUUAUAUCAUUUUUAUAUCAAUCUAAUAUGAUAAAGCAAUAUAUAAAAUCUCAUCUUUAUUAUGCAAAAGUAAUGCAAAAAUAUUUAUUGCACAUGCAUCAUGGUAUUUGUACUGCCUUUAAUUUAUGCUGAUAUAAAAAUGCAUUAUAAAAUGUUGAUGCAAAAAUCUUAAUGGUUUUAAAAGUAGGCUUCAUUUUUUUUUAUACUAUAUAUAUAUAUAUGUGUGUGUUUUUUUCGUUUGAUUUUAAAUUGAAACAUGACCAUAUUUACACAAGAUAUUGAAAUCUGAAAUAUUUCAUCAUAAAACAAGUAUUUAGAGUCCAGUAUUUGAGCAGCAUUCACAGGCGAGCAGCAGCAAUCGAGGGUUUGUUAAUGACUGGUUAGAUUAUGGAUCAUUCGGAUGGCUUUUAUGGUUUUCUAUGUCAUAAUUAUCUCAGACGGCACUAUAACUCAGAACAAGAUUAAACACAGAUUUGACAUCUCUGAACUGGAAAAACAGUACAAUUGGCCUGAUAAUGACAGACAUAAAAACCUCAAACCAAAGUUUUACCUUCUUUUCAGCACGAGCAGUUCAACAAACACAGACCAAAUAUUUGCAUCAAAUAAUGUGUUUUUAAAUAGUGUUCAUGUUGCAAUACUAUCAUAAAGUGUCUUUUUGAGAAAGAAAUAAGCUGGAAUACAUAUGCAUAUAUAGUCUGUUAUGUGUUGCUCUGAAUACGACCUCAGAAACAGCUUCAUUCUGCCACUUAUGCAAGAGUUUCAUUGACAGAACAACAUCAAAAUGAAAACGGUGCUUUUAGUCUGUCUUCAUUCAUUUAUUACUCUGCUUUUCUUCUUUAUAAAUUCUGUUUACCUGUAAACAUGGACCAAAAUGCUUCUUGCACACGAGAACCGUGCAGUAUUUUCACCAGUGUUAUUUUUAUACAAAUUUUAAGCUUUGUUAAAAUGUUAAUACAUAAUCUUUGUAAUAAAUUUGUACAUAUUUUGAAAAAAAAA